AUGGCAUCACCGACACUCUUGGCAAAAAAGAAAAAGACAAAGCUAACAAAAAAUGCGGAAUGUCAGGUAAAACUGCCAACGCGGGGAUCAUACGCGGCUGAAAAUUUGUUGAGUGAUUUGAGAAGAAGGGAACUGGAAGCUUUAGCUGCUUAUAAUUCAGAACAAGAGGUGACUUUACGUGAGCUAACAACCAAGCCCGAUAUCUAUCAAACACCUCCGUUUAUUGAUGAGGAUAAAAACAACAUCAUUGUUAAUAAUCCUCACGUCAAGGAAAAGAAACAACAUAGAGCCGAAACAUUCGACACUCUUAAUGGCAAAAAACCGACGGGCAAGCAGGAGAUCAACAAAGAAGAAUUUGAGAAGUUACAAAAAAGCUUUACAAAGGGGACGGCUCGGGGCUCUAAUGCUGGC